CAGAGGAUGCACAGCAAUUUGGGGCUCUCCAGGGAAUCCUCCUGCUCCGGUGUGCGACCAUGGGGAAGCGAGUGGCCGUGGUGCUGGCUGGCUGCGGGGUGUACGACGGCAGCGAGAUCCACGAGGCUUCUGCCGUGCUGGUGCAUCUCAGCAGGGAGGGGGCACAGGCAGAGGUUUAUGCUCCUGAUGUCGACCAGAUGCAUGUGGUGGACCACGUGAAAGGACAGCCCACCCAGGAGAAGCGCAAUGUGCUCGUUGAAAGUGCCAGAAUAGCCAGAGGCAACAUCAAGGAUCUAGCCAAGCUGGAUGUCAAGGGGCUGGAUGCCCUGAUCAUACCAGGUGGCUUUGGAGUGGCUAAAAACCUGAGUACUUGGGCCACCCAAGGCAAGAACUGCAUCGUCUGCAAAGAGGUGGAGGACGUCCUGAAGGCAUUCCACGCUGCCAAAAAGCCCAUUGGCCUGUGCUGCAUUUCCCCAGUGCUGGCAGCCAAAAUCUUCCCAGGCUGCGAGCUGACUGUGGGUCACGACACCGAGUGUGAGAAGUGGCCUUAUGCAAAGACUGCUGAGACCAUGAAGGAGCUGGGUUGCAAGCACGUGAACAAACACGUCACCGAAAUCCACGUGGAUGCCAAGAACAAGCUGGUGACCACCAGCGCCUUCAUGUGCAACGCCCCCAUCCACGAGAUCUACGAUGGCAUCGGAAAAAUGGUCAAAGAAGUGGUCAGACUGGCCUGAAGGCCACAGAAUCCACCUCCUCUGGAGUGGCACCGAGCCCUGGAUAACCUUCUUUCCCUUUUACACCCACAUGUCAACAGGCAAACUGCCCCUCGGAUGGAGUUCUUUCCCCCCACCAGGCCACUGAGUGAGGAGGGAGAACUCUGGAGCAACGGAAGCGCCAUGGUGUCCCACCAAGGAGACACCACUUCUUCCAUGGGGCUGAAAUGCAGCCGAUGUCUUUGGUUCCAAGCAGCCAAGGAGCUGCCUGGGUCACCUCAGCCAUGACCUGACACAUCAUGUGCCAGCAGGAAUCGGUCCCUUUCUGACAUUCCUUACACAUCCACCUUCACCAGUCACUCCCCCCCCCCUCACCAAACAGAUGAAUUAGCGGCAAAAGGAAGGAAUGUGGUUCUGAUAUACAAUAAAACCUGACGUUUUUUACAUGA